GUUUCGUUCCGUCAACAGCGGUGUGCGAGUGGUUUGUUUACAUUGUCUGCGAUGCAAUAAAUUGGUGAAAUAACAAUCUUUCGGCGAUUAGUUUAUCGUGCAAUCGUUGAUAAAACAACGCACACUACUCAGCAAUGGUGAAUGUUAUGAAAGGCGUGCUCGUUGAAUGUGAUCCGGCUAUGAAACAGUUCCUACUCCAUCUGGACGAAACGCAAUCACUGGGGAAGAAGUUUAUCAUACAAGAUUUGGACGAGAAGCACCUGUUCAUUUCGGUCGAAAUCGUCGAAGUACUGCAAGCCCGCGUGGACGAUUUGAUGGACCGCAUCAGCUUCCCGCUACACGAGAAAGAAGCUUAA